AUGGCGGUGCGGAGAUGGGCUCGAGCCGCGGGCUUGGCGUUAGUUUGGGGGCUGUGCGCUUGGACGCUGCGGCCGGCCGCGGCCGAGGAUGCGAUGGGCCCUCACAUGGCUGUCCGUCUGGCGGAGAUGCUGACCCCAGAGGAGUGCCAGCAGUUCCGAGCCCUCCUGGAGGCGCCCGAGCCGGACCCGGAGGCUGAGCUGGCGCGACUGUCGGAGGACCGGAGUCCGCCGGACGAAGAGUCCGGGGGAAGCCGGCGGCGGCGGCGGCGGCGGCGGCAGGAACCGGAGCAGGAGCCGCUGGACGCGGACAGCGACUGCCAGAAGGAGCUGGCCGGCUGGCUGGAGGCCAGGGCGCCGGCCCUGGCGUGGGACCGGACGGCGCGGGCGCUGCGGCGCUGCGGCCGCCCGGACGUGGCUCGGGAGCUGGCCAAGAGCCUGCACCAAGAAGCCACCCUGGAGCUGCGCAAAUUCGCUCUCCCCUACCGGAAAGCGGCGGCGGCCCAGCCGUCCUCUGCGCCGCCCCUGCAGCCCCGCGCCGCGCCUUCUGACUGGGAAGCCCAGGACGUCUGGGAUGCGCUGGAGCUGGUCGUGGAGAGGCUGCCCCAGGCCCCGUACCCACGCAGUUCCACUGCCUGGUGGGCCCGGCCCCUGGGUCUCGGCUUCCUCAGCGGCUUCGUGGGCGCCUUCGGCUUGGGGAUACUGAUCAUCCUCCUCGCGCUGUGGAUUUCCGGGGGUGAUGGAGAGGGGAACCGGGACGGAGACUAUGGCCCCGAGAACCCCAGCUUAGUCUCUGUGCCCCUCCUGAGGCCCAGCGGGUCCCACUGCCUGUGGGAAGUUAAAACUCUUUCUUAA